GUGAUUAUAGGCCGUUUCCGUUUUGAACCUCUUUUCUGUGUAAUUCUCGAUACACAACGUGGUUUUUACCUAUUAGCGGACCUAAAUCAACAAGGAAAGAAGGAGAAAAUCUCGAUAUAUAUAAAAUGACUUGCAAACGUAGGAAUGGUGGACGUGCCAAGCAUGGCCGUGGUCAUGUAAAUCCAGUUCGCUGCACCAACUGUGCUCGCUGUGUCCCCAAGGACAAAGCAAUUAAAAAAUUUGUUAUAAGAAACAUCGUCGAGGCGGCUGCUGUUAGAGACAUAACGGAGGCCAGCUUUUAUCAGUCUUAUCAGCUGCCGAAGUUGUAUGCUAAGCUCCACUAUUGUGUUUCCUGCGCUAUUCACUCCAAAGUAGUGCGCAACAGGUCAAAGGCUGAUCGUCGUAUCAGAACACCUCCUGUCCGCAAUUUCCCCAGAGAUUUGCGUCAAGGCCAGCAGAACAGGAAAUAAUUUUAUUAUGUAAAAUUAACAUUAUAAAUAAAAAUUCAAAAAA